GUGUGCGUGCGUGUGCGUGUGUGCGUGCGCGUGAAUGUGUUUAGGGACAAUUAGCCUCAUAUUUUGUUUAUUUGUUUGUUUGUUUGUUUACACAAAUACAAAUCCGGUCAGUCCUGCUGGAGCUGCUGGACAAGAUUCGGUGUCCGUGCGCGCGAGAGGGGCCCUGGUGGUGUGUGUGUGUGUGAGUGUGUGAUUUUGGAGAGGUGGGGAGGGGGGUGUAUUCUCCCCGCGCGAGCAAGCAGCAGCAGCGCGAGGCACCUUCCAGACCCUUAAAGCGCCGGACCGAGCCGGACACGCAGGUCCAGGCGGCGAGUUGCGUGUGGAGCCAAAGAUCACCCAGUGCUGGAUCUCAGAAGGACUUUAAGAGUGGACGGACCCUUGAGGGUGCAUGGAGCGCUCAAGGACGACGCAAGGACGGCCGGGGACUCGGGCCUGCCUCUGGUUGGGCCUUGUCUCCGUGGCGACAACCUUUAUGUGCACGGAGGCUCGGGCCUCGCCGACCUCCGACACCCCUGGCAAUGUGACUUGUACGGAGGUAUCGUCAAAAUGCAAGCCGGGCAUCAUCUUGCCCAUCUGGUACCCCGAAGACCCUUCCAUGGGCGACAAGAUCGCAAGGGUCAUUGUGUACUUUGUUGCCAUGAUCUAUAUGUUCUUGGGCGUUUCUAUCAUCGCCGACCGCUUCAUGGCAGCCAUUGAGGUUAUCACCUCUCAGGAGAAGGAGAUAGUGGUCAAAAGGCCCAAUGGGGAGACCACCACCACCACCAUCCGGGUCUGGAACGAGACUGUGUCCAACUUGACCCUGAUGGCUCUAGGAUCUUCUGCUCCGGAGAUCCUGUUGUCACUCAUUGAAAUCUGCGGCCAUGACUUCCACGCUGGCGAGCUUGGCCCGUCCACCAUCGUGGGCAGUGCAGCCUUCAACAUGUUUGUGAUCAUUGGCCUGUGCGUGUCAGUGAUUCCGGACGGUGAGGUGCGCAAGGUGAAGCACCUUCGCGUCUUCUUCGUCACGGCCGCUUGGAGCGUCUUCGCAUACGUUUGGCUCUAUAUGAUCUUGGCCGUCUUCUCGCCGAACGUGGUGCAGGUUUGGGAGGGCUUACUGACGUUAGCCUUCUUCCCCAUAUGUGUCUUGCUGGCCUGGGUGGCUGACAGGCGCUUGCUGUUCUACAAGUUCGCCCACAAAAAGUACCGUGCUGACAAGCACCGUGGCGUCAUCAUUGAGACGGAAGGCGAGCGCUCCAAAGGUGGUAUUGAGAUGGAUGGAAAGAUGGUCAACUCGCACUUCAUGGACGGUGCCAACAGCAACCUGAUAGGCUUGAUGGAAGGCAAGGAAAUGGACGAGUCUCGCAGGGACAUGAUCCGGAUCCUGAAGGACCUCAAGCAGAAGCAUCCAGAGAAAGAUCUAGAUCAGCUUGUGGAGAUGGCCAACUACUACGCCCUGUCACACCAACAGAAAAGCCGAGCCUUCUACCGCAUACAGGCAACACGUAUGAUGACCGGCGCUGGGAAUAUCCUGAAGAAACACGUGGCGGAACAGGCUAAAAGGAGCACGAGUGUCCAGGAGGUUCACGUUGAGGAGCCAGAGGACUUUGUGACGAGGAUUGCCUUUGAGCCGGCUACAUAUCAGUGCCUAGAGAACUGUGGUGCCGCCCUGCUGACCGUCGUGCGCAAAGGGGGUGACGUUGCCAAGACCAUCUACGUGGAUUACAAGACAGAGGAUGGUUCGGCUAACGCCGGCGCGGAUUACGAGUUCACAGAGGGCACCGUGGUAUUCAAACCUGGCGAGGUUAUCAAGGAGAUCACCAUCGGCAUCAUUGACGAUGACAUCUUUGAGGAGGACGAGCACUUCUUUGUGCGGCUCAGCAACGUCCGCAUUCUGGAGCUGGAGGACGAGGUACUGUCACCCAACAGCCUCCCGUACCCCAAGGCCGUGCUGGGAUUUCCUGCUGUUGCAACAGUGACCAUUCUUGAUGACGACCAUGCUGGCAUCUUCACGUUCGAAAGCGAGUCCGUCCACGUAAGUGAGAGUGUGGGUGUCAUGGAGGUGAAGGUACUGCGGACAUCCGGAGCCAGGGGGACCGUCAUCGUGCCGUUCCGAACAGUGGAGGGACUUGCCAAGGGAGGCGGAGAGGACUUCGAGGACACGUAUGGGGAGCUGGAGUUCAAAAACGAUGAGACCUGUAAAACCAUCCAGGUCAGAAUAAUUGAUGAUGAGGAGUACGAGAAAAAUAAAAACUUCUUCCUGGAGCUGGCCGAGCCUCGCAUGGUGGAUAUGAGCCUGCAGAAAGCUCUGUUGUUAGCUGACGACAUUCCUGACAGGAAGUUGUCCUCAGAGGAAGAGGAGGCGAGGAGAAUAGCUGAGAUGGGAAAGCCGAUCCUGGGAGAACACUCCAAACUGGAGGUCAUCAUAGAGGAGUCCUACGAGUUUAAGAGCACCGUGGAUAAGCUGAUAAAGAAGACUAACCUGGCGCUGGUGGUGGGCACGAACUCAUGGAGAGAGCAGUUUAUGGAGGCCAUUACGGUCAGUGCAGGAGAUGAGGAUGAAGAUGACACAGGAGAGGAGCGCCUCCCGUCCUGUUUUGAUUAUGUCAUGCACUUUCUGACGGUUUUCUGGAAGGUUCUGUUUGCCUGUGUCCCUCCGACUGACUAUUGGAACGGCUGGGCGUGUUUCGUCGUCUCCAUCAUCAUCAUCGGCCUCCUAACGGCCGUCAUCGGCGACCUGGCUAGCCACUUCGGCUGCACCAUCGGCCUGAAGGACUCGGUUACAGCCUUGGUGUUUGUAGCCCUCGGCACGUCUGUGCCAGACACCUUUGCCAGUAAAGUCGCGGCCGUCCAGGACACGUACGCGGACGCCUCCAUUGGUAACGUAACCGGUAGCAACGCCGUUAACGUUUUCCUGGGCAUCGGCGUGGCCUGGUCCGUGGCUGCCAUCUACUGGCACAUGCAGGGCCGAGCGUUCGAGGUUCCGGCCGGCUCCCUGGCCUUCUCCGUCACACUCUUCACCAUCUUUGCCUUCCUGGCGGUGAGUGUGUUGCUGUACCGGCGGCGGGCGCACAUCGGCGGGGAGCUGGGCGGCCCCCGCAGCCAUCGCAUCUUCACCACCCUCUUCUUCCUCAGCCUGUGGUUCCUCUACAUCCUCUUCUCCAGCCUGGAGGCCUACUGUCACAUACAGGGCUUCUGAAGAGGGAGGGAGAGAAGGAGAGAGGGAGAGAGAGAGAGAGAGAGGGAUGAAGAGAGGUUACAGGGUCAAGAGAGAAGGAAAGAAAGGAGGGAUGGAGUGAAACAGGAAGAAAGAACAGACAGAGGGAGCGAAAGAGGAGGAGAGAUAAAGCAGCAAAGACGGAAGUGUCUGUCAGAGAUUUGAACAGAUUCUGCUGGACCAGACCGGACUGAACUGGACUGGACUGGACUGGAUCAAGCCAGACUGGACUGGAUGGACUGAACCAGACUGGAGUGGAUCAAGUUGGACUGGACUGGGCAGAACUGAACGGGACCGGAUCAAGCAUUGAUGCAUUAGACUCAAUCGGACUGGACUGGAUUAAAGACGGACUGGACUAAACCGGAUUGGACUAAGCUUAAUUUAACAGAAUGGACUAGACUAGGGCAAGUCAGACUGGACUGAGCCAGAUUCAGUUGGACUGAACUGGCAUGAACCCAACUAGACCUAACAGGACUGGAGUAGACCAGGGUGGACUGGACUGGACUGUGUCAGGUGGACUGCACUAAACUGGAUUUGAGGGAUCUGGAUCAAGCCAGACCGAACUGGACUGGAUUGAAUCGAUCUGGACUGGACUGAGCCACACUCGAUCGGACUGGACCGAACCAGCAUAAACAAGACUAUACUGGACUGGACUGGAUCAGACCAGACUGGACGGAGCCAAACUCUAGGAUGAACUAGACUAGACUAGACUGGACUGGAUCAGACCGGACUGGACUGGAGUUCUGCUCUGUGGAAAGGAGCAGGUUAGUGAAGAGAAGAGGAGCUCUCGUCCCUUCAGAAAGCGUCCAGCUUCUCUCUCGUUCUCUCUUUUCCGCCGUUUCGGCGGCGCGUGCGGACGGGACACACCGAGCGCAGCCUGAGCUUUUCACAAUCUCUAUUUUUCUCACCAACCUGCUGAGAACGACUCUUUUCUAACGAAGUAUUUUGGGAAAAAAAUAGACGACAAAAAACUACAAAAAGAGCAAGCAAAGAACUAUUUUCUGACCUACGUAAAUGGAUAAGAAUACUAUUUCAUCAGAAAAAUGAAAAAAAGAAGAAAUAUAUAAUAAUUACUGAAAUCUGUUAUCGAGUGACAUUCGGGUGGACGCAUAACGUCGUUUCUUUUUCGUUUGCUUCGUUUGCUUGAACUCACAAGCUUACAGCGCACACACACACACACACACACGCAGGCCACAGCGGCGGCCCGGGGAGAAUCGGAUCACACACUCGGCGGAGGAAGAGAGGAGACGGAGGAGAAGAGAACAGGAGAAAACCACAAACACUCGGAGACGUUUCUCAAACGCUGCAUUUCCUCUGUGACGGAUCAGCUGUGUAUGGUUUUACGCUGUAUGAUAUGAAGUGUGCUCAUGUUUUCUGUAGAUUUUUGUGCAUUAUUUUGCAGCCGUGCAUUAUCUCUCCCGCAGUACCCCCCCUUUCUGAGCUCGGGCACGGGAUAGACAGAGCAGACGGAAGGAGGGAAUGAAGGAGGAAUGCAGGGAAGGGUCACAGAGAGGUCCUUUACCAAAACAAAACAACUUGGGUCGUUUUUAUUUUCCUUUAUUAACUCACAAUUUCUGAUAUCACCCUUAUUACAGUGUGAACAUGCUGCCUCCUUUAAUUAUACAUUUUAUUUACAUACACGUUUAUAUUUAUAUACAGUGGGGUCCACAUUCAACACGUAGGGAGCCCCGCUGGUGACAUCCUGUAUAAAUAAAAAUAAUGAGUGGCCACGACUUAGUAAGGCGUGGGAAUGAGAUCCUAAUGCGUGGCCACGACUUAGUAAGGCGUGGGAAUGAGAUCCUAAUGCGUGGCCACGACUUAGUAAGAUGACUUAUUUUUGUUUAUAUGAGAUGUCACCAGCAGGGCUUCGUAAACAUCUGAGAUAAACAACAGUUUUAGAAUUUUGAAAAAUGUAAAGCAAAUUUUUUGACAAUAAGAAAUAUUCAUGAUUUUACAUGACUUUUCAAAUAUAUGCAAAUUUUUAGACUUUGACCUUAAAAAGGUCAGUUUUGUUUAGUCUUAUUCCUUCCAGUGAAGCUCGUGUUCAGACUCUCAGGUGGGUCUGAUCUGCUGAGUAGACUUUUACACAAAAGUGUGGAGUCCAUACAGCUCAAGACAAUGAUGGACGCACCACCAAAUAUGAAGAAAUUCUGAAAUUCAUAUUAAAAUUUCAAAGAUUACACUUUUAAUGCUCAUAAUAUAAUUUGUAAUGAAAACGUUUGUGUUCAGUUACAUAAGAAUGCAAAAUAGAAGCAUUUUCACCAGCGCUCUCAAACCUUUGGACUCCAUUGUGUAUAUAUAUAUAUAUAUAAAUAUAUAAAUUCAUAUAUAUAUGAUAGAAACUUUGUGCCUAUUCGUUGCCAACUGGGGUUUUCAUCACUGUAGCAUUAAUUGGUUAUAUUGUACAGGUAUAAAUCUCUGACCUCACAAAGAUUCAGUUUAAUUACAAUAUGAUUCAAUAAUGAUUUGAUUCA